CUUCGUUCAGCCAAUCCAUCAGUGGCGGACCCUCCCUCGUCUCCUCCACUAUAAAAGACGCCCACUCAAAAUUCCUGCUCGCUGUCUCCACCUUCCUAAUCACGACGUCGAACCACGAACUGUAAUCGAAUCUCCCUUCAUACCUAUCGUCUCUCUAAAGCGAUAACCAAACUCCCCUUCCAGUGAAAUCAAACAGUGAAAUGAUACUCGCCUCAGCCGCACCCACACUCGACUCGACGGUGAGCACCGAAACGCACAUCUCGGAAUUGGCCACCAGCCCAGCUUUAUAUCAGGCCUUAGGAAGCUGGGGAUGCGUGCACACCUCCCAACCUGGAGUAGCAGGCCGGGCCCAGGAAUGUUGACCUUCCUCUUCCGUCCAUAGAGCCGGCAGCGGUAGUGCCGUGCAGUGCAGCCCAGCCCCAGAGCCCUCAAGGCCGAUGGGCGUUGUGCCAAGCGUGCAAGCCGAACACCUUAUCGCGACCCUAGCUCGCCUAGGACCCGAGGCCCCUACUUGUACUGUAGAGAGGAUUGUGGAUGUCAGGGCGGGGCAGCGAACGAGCGAACUCAGGAAAAUAUGUCACAUCCCUGUCCCAGACAAGGAGACGCAUGGGGGAUGAGGGGCGACUGAGUGAGACAGAGAUUUGGAUAUUCAUCGUGAUUCGAGGACUCCAAGGACAGAUGGGGGGCGGAUCAUCGAUAAGUGCAGGUGCUGUGCAUGGCCCGAGGAUCCAACGACAGGACAGGCCCAGCCAAGACUGGAUACUACAGCAGAACAUGUCAAGAUGAGCGGAGACGGCUUCUAUUAGACAACGAGCUAGAAUCCUCGACGAAUAGAUAUGCGGCUUAUGGUUGGCUGCGGCCGGAUUUACUUUGGGGUGCGAAAGCAGGGGACGCACGCGAGGGAUCCAUGGAGGGGAUGGGAUGGGAUGGGAUAGGAUAGGAAAGGAUAGGUUGGAGGGGCCGAGGGAAAGAUUUCUGGUUCUGGUUCUGGUUCGUGGUGGUGGUGGUGAUACAUAUAAACUCACCGGCCCACGUCAAUUCUGACUUCUCACCUCCAGCUCUGCUCCAGCGUCAAGAGUCAAGCGUCAAGCGACAAGCGUCGAGUCGAGAGUCAAGACUCACUCCGUCAGGGUCAGCUCGUGAAGGUCUUCAACAUCGAUCUUCCGAUCUUGUAACACCUCACCAGCACUUACCUUGCCACGACAGACCUCAUCGUCCGUCGCGCAAAUUCUUUCCUCCCCGCGUUUCUUUAUACAAUACCAACACAAUGGCAAGCAACGUCAAUGAUGUCGUCGAGCGCGACAACAACACCCAUUUCCAGAACAGGGAAACCAAUGCCUUCGGAACCCACGAGGCAAAGGAGCCAUACCAUGAUCCUCACAAGGUCGACGAGUUCAGCAAUGAGAAGAUUAGCUCCGCGUCGCGCACACCUACAAGCGAGCCAGCUGUGCUCGAGGUCGACAGCGAGAAGGGAGUAAAGGAUUACCGCGAGAAGGAAGUUGGAGGCACACCAGGUAGCUUUUCAGAGGGCGAAGGCGAGCGAGAGCAACCCUCGAUCAUUCGGAAAAUCUGGAAUAUGAUGAAGCCGUUCUUCUUCCCUGUCUUCUGGCUUCUGAUGACUGGAUGGUGGAUUGCUGGACUGAAUCUCCAUCGCCACGAUAUCGGUGGUCCUACCGAAUCGUGGUUGAUCCCCUUCCUUGUUUGGUUGGCCAUCACCAUUCGCCUGGUCACACUGUACGUCUCGACCAAGUAUGUCACUAAGCCAAUCGCCUGGGUAUGGAUGAAGGCCAUCUACAACCCUGUCCAGAUGAUCCCCGAGAAGUUGAGAUUGCCAUUGGGAGCCGCUGGAACUAUUGCCGUCUUCAUUGUCGGAACAUUCGCCAGCGCAGAGACCGCCGACAACACACGUGCCAACCGCGCGGUCAGUCUUUUCGGUCUCGCCUUCUUCAUCUUCUGUUUCUACGUCACCUCCAAUAACCGAAAGGCCAUCCAAUGGCAAACCGUCAUUGUCGGCAUGCUCGCACAGUACAUCCUCGCGCUGUUCGUGCUCCGCACUCAAGCCGGUUAUGAUAUCUUCAAUUUCAUCGCCUUCCUCGCGACCUCUCUUCUUGGAUUCGCAGCUCAGGGAACUUCUUUCCUGCUUAGUGCUGAUCUCCUCAAGUUCAACUACUUCCUCCUCGGUGUUAUCCCACCCAUUAUCUUUUUCGUCGCCUUUGUCCAGCUGCUUUACUACUGGGGCUGGCUUCAAUGGGCGAUCGGAAAGUUCGCCACGAUCUUCUUCUACGGUAUGAAAGUGUCUGGAGCUGAGGCCGUCGUGGCUGCUGCGUCGCCGUUCGUCGGACAGGGUGAAUCUGCCAUGCUGAUCCGUCCGUAUAUCCCUCACUUGACAUCCGCCGAGUUGCAUCAGGUCAUGACAUCUGGAUUCGCCACCAUCGCUGGUUCCGUGCUGGCUGCUUAUAUCGGAAUGGGUAUCUCGCCUCUGGCGCUCAUUUCCUCCUGUGUCAUGUCCAUCCCUGCAUCGCUCGCCAUCUCCAAGCUCCGCUACCCAGAAACCGAGGAGACUCUCACAGCUGGCAAAGUCGUCAUUCCAAAGGACAACGAGGAGAAGCCCGCCAACGGUCUCCACGCUUUCGCUAAUGGUUCGUGGCUCGGUCUCAGAGUCGGCGGUAUGAUCAUCGCUGCUCUCCUCUGCAUUCUGUCUCUGCUCGGCCUCGUCAAUGGAUUGCUUGGAUGGUGGGGCAAGUACCUGAAUAUCAACAACCCAUUGAGCGUCGAGUUGAUCUGCGGUUACAUCUUCUACCCCGUCGCCUUCCUGCUCGGUGUCCCCAGAAACGGGGAUAUUUUCCGCGUCUCGAAACUCAUCGGCUUGAAGGUUGUGGCUAAUGAGUUUGUUGCUUUCGCAGCAAUGGUCAAGGACGACCCCAAGAACGACUACCUCAAACUCUCGGAACGCUCCCGCCUCAUCGCCACCUACGCCGUCUGCGGCUUCGGAAACAUCUCCUCGGUCGGUAUCCAGAUCGGUGUGCUCUCCUCCCUGGCACCAGGCCAGGCUGGACGUGUGGCCAAGGUGGCGCUGUCGGCGCUGAUCUCGGGUGUCAUCUCGACGUUGACGAGUGCGAGUAUUGCGGGUAUGCUGAUUGUGGAUUCGGCGGCUUAUACGAAGGUUGGUGGAACUUAGGGGGUGGGGGAGGGGGGUGGAUGAGGGGAUUUUGUUUUGUUUUUGCUAGUUUUUGAGGGAUGGGGGAUGGGAUGGGAAGCGAUGGGAUGAUACCAUGUUAAAAAAAAAAUUUCCUUGAGAUCAGCAAUCAAGUCAGAUGAGAUGAAAUGAGAUCAGAUGAGAUGAUAUGAUAUGGAAGUGGUUAAAAAAGUUCCUAGUGAGCUGUAACUAAUAAGACUGGUAUGUUAUAAUGAGAAAGAAACAAACAAACAAACAAACAACUCUUCACAUCUCCAUCCUUGUUUCAUACUGUUUUCAUUUUUCACCCGCUUCUGAGUCCCCAAGUCUGCUCCUACUUUGAUUACCCCCCCCCUGCCCUCGCCUAAACUGUAUGCUACUCAACAUUUAUUAUUAUGUAUCAUAUAUUCAACGAUGCUGUCGGCGUAAGGGGGCUAGGGAGGUGGGCUGUGAGGUAUAAAAGUAGAAGGCAGAGCUGGAAGUACAGGACUCGAAAUCAGGACUAGAAAUUAGACCCAAAUUUUGAAACUCGACAAUCAAUGAUAGAAUUGAGGUCUUGACCGAAUACAAGAUAGAUAUAUACGGUAACGGCACUGCUCAUCAUUGAACUAUCUGCUUUUGAUGACAGAAGCUGUCAGAAACGGAGUCUUUGAGAACGGGACUAUCGACUAGAAUCGCGGAGAGAAGGACAGUUUUGGCGUGUAAAUUUCAUAUAUAUAUGGCGGGAAUUGAGAAAUUGGGAGACUUUUCGUUUCGAUCAUCGCGUUAUUCAUGCAAUGGCUUUAUGCUGAAGCACGAGGAUGGGCCGGGGGCAUUUCACUCGACCAUGAAAGAUGCAGGCUUCGAGUACACGCUGUGGUAACCGGGACACUGGUCGUCAACGAUGGCAAAGACUUCAGCAGAAUGCACGUUUCCAGUAGUGGAUUGACGUGAAAGGCAGCGAUUUAACUGGAACCCCUUCCUUUCCCAUCUUCUGGCCAUUGAUACCCAAGGCCUCUAUAUGCCGGUGUCCUGCUAGACUUUCGCGGCUCGAUAUGUAUUGUACCACUUUCACUCGACAUCUAAAUGGUACGUUUGAGACACCAACUGAUGACUUGCGACUCUGUGGGUGAUCUUGCGGAGACUUGGUCAUGAAUGGAGAGGAUCGCAAUGACUGAAGUCUGGUUUGUGGUAUGUUGUUGAGGAUCACGUUAUUCGAGAAACGUCCGCUGCUCAGUUGAUGUUGAACCACCUACUCUAGAGAUUCGAUGAGACCCUCAACAUGAUCCAGCAGCCACCUAUUUGUUGGAUGUUGACAAUCAGUAUUGUGAUGUUCCUG